AUGGUGGACACGUUUAUUCCAAUGGUCCAGAUUGAAUGUAACCAAAUACCAUCACGUCAUGAGCAGGGGAUUCCCCGCUUCAUCAACAGAGGUUCACAACCCAUGGUGAUGCCUGGCGUCCAAGUGAAUAUACCACAAUCUGUGACGGCCAACGGGUUUUCAAACACCGUCAUCGGCCAGAAUCCCUCAUUUCCUCCUCAGCAGACACGUGCCGUUGCUACGAUGCCACAUGUCCCUCCUGCUACCGUGUCACUAUCAAUCCAACCGCCUCACAAUCAUCAAGGACUCAACCAGUGUGUUAUCAACAAGUCCCAAAGUCCUCCAAGCCCGUCGAUAUCCUCUACAGUAUCAGGCAUGAGCGUCUAUGAGGACUGCGUCUCAAUUCAACCAACCUCUCCACGCCAGCAACCCGACCCGUUCUUCUACCAACCCUUUCUCCAGCAUUCUUUCGAUCCGAGUGGUGACCAGCCGAAGCAGAACCACGAUCCAGUGAAGUCGGUGUCUUUGUCGUCUAUUCCUAGCGGUGUUGAUAGCGGCGGCAGCAACCAGUGGACCGGCCAUCAGACAGGUCCGUCAUCGCAGACAACAACCAUCAAACCCGAGCAGGCCAUGGCGAUGGUCAACGAGAAACUCCGUGAUCGCAUCGCUACCCUUGAGAAGAAGAUCCACAGUGCCCUAGCCGAAGUGACGUUCCUUGGUGAUCGCAACUGGAGACUGGAAGCCCACGUCGAUUCCUUGAUGCACACCCUCGAGGUCCUUGGCGUCACCGAUAUCGAAGACUUAACAGGAAAAACACUGCCGCUGCCUAUGUUCCGAGUCAAGGUCAAAGCUGGUUACCGUCUCGGACCGUUUAACCGUCUCCCUCGUCGUGCCGUGUGGAGUUAUGACGAAGAUUGUAAAGAGCCACCAAAUAUCGACUUCAGCUCGGAUCGGGCUAGAACAUUGAAGGGUGACGGAGCCAAAAUGUUUCAUGACGAUGAUCUUCAUCUUCCUGCUGGCACGGACAUCGGGUUGAGCGUCCGUCAGAUGUUCCAUUACGAGCGACAGAUCGAGGCGUUACGCGAAGAGAACCAUGCCCUAUCAUCCAGAGUAACAGAACUCACAGAGCAGGAGACGAGCUUCCAGGAAAACUCCAAGAAGGUUCAGCACCAGUUUGCCGAGCUCCAGGAUGAAUGCGAAGAUACAAAGGCUGAACUGAACUGCGUUGUGAUGCGUCUUCGGAACUACGAUGGCUCUAUAUCGACGUCCCAGUCGCAUGGCGAAGACAUGGGUGACCACUGCAGUGAUUCCUCAUCAUUGUACCCAACUUCAUACAACAGUCAUCCCGAUAACGACUAUCAUCAGGGUCAUAAACCGAGUCAAGCAGGACCUUACUAUCGACGGUCUCACAAUGAGGGCGGUAUACGAGACGGAAGACGAUAUCGUAAUGUUAGAGGUCGUUGA